UAUUUAAUUUAAUGUAUUAUUUUAUUUUAUUUAUUGUUCAGUUCGUUGAAACCGUUUCGGUAGACCGGUUACUUCCACUUUUUCUUUGUUCUGACCUAAUUGUUUAUCUAUUAAAAUGAAAGCUAAAUCAGGGUUGACUCGUUUUCAUAACUGCUUUAUUCUUCGCGAUAGUGCAAUAAUAAAAGAGGACCUCUGGAUUCGAAAUGGUAAAAUUGAAAAUCCUGAACAUAUAUUUUAUGUAGAACAACUUGAAGCUGACGAGACAAUAAACUGUGAGAGCUUACUGAUUUCGCCAGGUUUUAUCGACAUUCAAAUUAAUGGCGGAUGGGGAAUCGAUUUUUCAUAUGACAGUGAAAAUGUUGAAGACGGUGUCCAUAAAGUAGCCCAAAAUUUGUUGUCACAUGGAGUGACAUCCUUCUGCCCAACCAUGGUGACGUCAGAUAAGGAAAAAUAUAAGAAAAUCCUUCCCCACAUUAAAAAGAGUCCUGGUGGCAAACAUGGGGCCACUAUCCUCGGAGUCCACCUAGAGGGCCCAUUUAUUAAUAUAGAAAAGAAGGGGGCACAUAUGGAUCAAUACAUCAAAUCACUAGACAAGGGCAUAGACACUAUUAAUGAGAUAUACGGAUCCCUUGACAACGUAGUUAUGGUGACUCUGGCCCCUGAACUGCCGGGAGCCACUCAAGCCAUCAAGGACUUGACGAAAUUGGGUAUUAAAGUCGCACUAGGGCAUUCAGCGGCGAGCCUAGCUCAGGGAGAGGAGGCGAUUAAGAAUGGAGCUAAUCUCAUAACGCAUCUGUUCAACGCAAUGUUGCCAUUCCAUCACCGCGACCCCGGCUUGGUUGGGCUGCUGGCGUCGACUACCAACAAGCAGGUCUACUACGGAAUAAUAUCGGACGGGCUCCACACACACCCCGCGGCGCUGAGGAUAGCCUGCCGGACUAACCCUGCAGGUUUAGUUCUGGUCAGCGACGCCGUGGCAGCCCAAGGCUUGGCGGACGGCAACUACCAUAUCGGACCGCAGCGGGUGACGGUGCAGGGCGGUAAGGCGUACGUCGAGGGCACUAAGACGCUGUGCGGCAGCACGGCCAACCUCGACGAGUGUGUACGCACCUUUAAGGAGGCUACAGAUUGCACUCUGGAGUACGCCCUCGAAACGGCUACGCUGCACCCCGCCCGGGCUCUGGGCAUAGAACACAGAAAGGGCAACCUCAAUUUUGGAAGCGACGCGGAUUUCGUCGUCAUGCACCCUAAAACACUUAAAGUGCUAUCCACUUGGAUAGCAGGGGAAUGUGUGUAUAAAUGUCAAAGUAACGGAGUAUAAAUUAUUAGCAUGUUUUAAUGAAUUUAAUAGCUAAUAUACAAUCGUAUGAAUAUAAUAAUAUUGUGAUACGACUUUGAA